CAAACGAGUAAACAGAGGCUAUAUAUACAGACGGAACAGAACUGUACAGUGACCAUUCCUUGUGAACAAUGAGUGACAAUAAGGGGCCUCCUCCUCCACCACCCCCUGCCUAUAGCGCACCUGGGCCCCAGGGUCAGGGGUACGGUCAACCACCCCCUCCCCCACCCGGUUAUGCUGGCAGCAGUACCGUCGUAGUGACCCAACCUGGCUUCAUCAAUGCCCGCAUUUUCCGGGAGGUUCCGGUCCCCAUGCAGUGCCCCUACUGCCAGGCUACCAUCACGACCUCCACGAGCUAUGAGGUCGGCACGCUAACCUGGAUCGCAUGUUUUGUAGUCUUCAUCGUAGGGUGUUGGCUGGGGUGCUGUUUCAUCCCCUUUUGUGUUGACGGAUGUAAAGACGUCGUCCACAGCUGUCCAAACUGUCGCCAAACAGUCGGCCGUUACGACAGAAUGUAAACAACGACAACGACAAAAUAACACCUCCUACAACACAACCACGACAAAAUAACACGACAAUAUUAACAUUUUUAAAAAAAUACAACAAAAACAUUCAUCCUAGGAACUACUAGGACAACAAUUUCACUUCGAAUCGCUAGGACCUCGACAACAAAGGAGAUAACAUGCACUGGAUUUGUUAUUUUGCCGUGGAUUUGUUGUCUGUUAUACGCUGUAACCUUUCAUUGUACGAUCAACAAAUGUGGUUUUUAUUUCAACCCUCAUAUGAUAUUCAGAACAAUAAUUUUUAAAAUUGUUUUCAAUAUUCAAUGAUAUUUUUGUGUCAGCGAGGUGGUUUUUAUUUUUUACGUUUACUGGGACUUUGUUUUGACUUACAGUACUGUUGUUGUAUUGAUUUUUUUUAAAGAUUUUUUUUUUUUUGCGAAAUGUUACCGAAGUGUGAUACAAUAAAAAUAUAAAUUAAACCUUUUGCUGUUACCAAUACACUUUGUAUCAAUUGUGUUGUUAUGUUAUUCGUGUAUUGACCAGGUUUUAUUAGAUUUAUUGUCUUGUUUUGUCCAUUUUACUCACUGUUAUAUUGGAUAUAUUUAAGAACAAAGAUCGUUUUUUUACAAAAUGUUACCAACGUUUGAUACAAUAAAAAUAUGUAUGAAACAUUU